AUGGCGUACCAAAGGGCGAAAGUCAAGGGUUUUAAAGAUGGAGAUAACAAUACUCAAUAUUUUCAUAAGAUUGCGAGUGGAAAAAGGAAGCGGAAUUGCAUCACGAAUCUGGAGUUGAAUGGCGUUGAUGUUUUUAAUCAAGAAGUUAUAAAAAAAGAAAUUCAUGAUUACUACACAGGUUUGUUUACUGCAAACUCACCUGUUAACCCUUCUUUUGAUAGUUUGGAAUUCAGGUCUUUAGACUCGGUGCAACAGAGUUGGCUGGAGAGGAUGUUUGAGGAAGAAGAGGUGGUUAAAGCCAUAAAGCUGUGUGGAGCAAACAAGGCUCCAGGGCCGGAUGGUAAACUACUUGCCAAGAGAUUGAAAGUAGUAAUCCCAGGAUUAAUUUCCAAUACUCAAGGUGCGUUUAUCAAAGAUAGGCAGAUUCUUGACGGUAUUUUGAUUGCUAAUGAGUUAGUUGAUAGUAGACUUCGACAACAAAAUCCGGGUGUUAUGUGUAAAAUUGAUAUGCAGAAAGCCUUCGACAAUGUUAGCUGGUCAGCUCUUUUCAGUAUUUUGGCGAAUAAUGGUUUUGGGAUGAAGUGGAUACGGUGGAUGAAGUGGUGUGUGACGGAUGCUCAAUUUUUAAUUCUUGUCAAUGGCGAUGCAACCCAGUUGAUUAAACCUUCGAAAGGAAUCCGUCAGGGCGACCCCUUAUCUCCGUUUCUUUUCGUUUUGGUUGUUGAGGUCUUAUCGUUGCUCAUCAACAAAGCAGUAGCUCAGGGAAAGUUGAAAGUCUUUUGUGUCAAAGAGGGAGGAACAACAAUGACUCAUUUACAAUUUGUGGAUGAUACUGCUAUAUUUUUAGACGCUUCUAAUGAGGAGGUGAGAAGACUUCUAGUGAUUCUUGUUAUUUUUGAGAUUUUGACAGGGCUUCGUCUAAAUCUUGAGAAAAGCACAAUGGUGAGCAUCGGCGCAGAUCAUCUGGUGAACGGGUUAGCGUUUGAAUUGGGUUGCAGGGUGGAAGCCUUACCCAUUAUACACUUAGGUAUACCAAUUGGGUCGAAUCGAAGAAACGAUAUUAUCUGGGAGAUCAUCAUUCAAAGGAUGCAGAAGAAACUUGCACCUUGGAAAAGAAGAUUUUUGAACAAAGCUGGUAGGGUUGUCUUGAUUAGAAGCUCACUUGAGAGAUUGGCUGUGUAUUUAAUGUCUCUACAUCACCUUCCUGUAUCUGUUGAGAAGAGAUUAAACACUAUUAUGCGUCGCUUUCUUUGGGGAGAAGAUGAGGAGAAGAAGAAGAUGAGUUGGGUCUCUUUCAAGCGUGUUUGUAAGCCUAAGAGGAAGGGAGGGUUGGGUAUUCGUAAUCUAAGACUGUUUAACAAAACUUUGUUAGCUAAGUGGCAUAUUAGGUUUUGCAAAGAGAAGACGGCGCUCUGGAGGAAGAUAGUUUGUGAGAAAAUAAGUGAGGAAGAGGAGUGUUUACUGCCUUUGCAAGCAUCAAUCCCGGUAAAAAGGAGUAUGUGGCUGGAUAUUCUUAGAGAAAACAAAGUUUUCAAUGAAGCGGUGAAGAUUCAGAUAAGGAAUGGGCUUUCAGUAGGAUUCUGGCAGGAUCAUUGGUGCGGUAAUAUAUGUUUUAGGGAUAAAUACCCAAGAUUAUACAAGAUCAGUUCUCAAAAGACGAACAUGGUAGGUCAACUGUAUGAUAAUGAUUGUGUAUUUCAAUUCAGAAGAAUAUUAAAUCCGGCUGAAAGUAUCGACCUUCUGGAGUUGAAGUUUGAUUUGAGGGAGGUUACAUUAACUCAUGAUGGAGAUGAUUGUCUAGAGAGUUCUGUUUCAGUGAAAUCUAUUUACGCAACCUUAACUGACGCUGAUCCUGACUGGGAAGGGGAUCGUAUUCUUUCAAACAACAAUGUGCCGCCAAAAGUUCAAUUUCUUUGUUGGGGUGCGCUUCAUAAUUCGAUUCCAACAAGGCAUAUGUUACAACAGAGACGUGUAGUCAUUCAAUCGAACGGUUGUCUUUUUUGUAGCACGGAGGUGGAAACCAUGGAGCAUUUAUUCCUGCACUGCGAGGAGAUAGUUAAGUUAUGGCAUUAUUUCUUGGGGUCUGUGAAGGUGAAUUGGGUUAUGCCUCAUAAGUUUGAAGCUUUGAUGCACAGUUGGAGAUUGAUAGGGCGAAAUCAAGGUUAUUGA